CGCGUAUCUCGAAAGAUCGGUUGGAUCACAUCAUUAUCGACAGCCAUGAUUCCGAUCGGAUCCGAUCGUUGGUCCCUUAACGCGCGCGGGUGAUCGAAUACAUCGCGAUUUACAGUGACAAGUGUAAUUGUGUGAGUGAGUUUCUUGACAGCGAAGAGACGUACCACCUCCAUAUUGUACGCAUUCCGGAAGAAACUUGGCACGAAGAGUUUGACACCGUCGUCUGCUGAUCAAAGUAUGAUCUGGUAAUGGAAUCACGUGGCAAAAAAGCACUUUCCCAAAGAGACAAAACGUAUUUUUGUGAAUGAAUAAAUAUUAUAAGCAACGAAAAAUGAUUCGUCUCUGGAGCAAUCGAUAAUCUUCAUCUAUAUCUGAAAUCUCGUCGAAUUAAUAAAUCUAUUCGAUCGAGACGAAUAAUUGGAGAUGCAAACGCUUUGAUGUUUUCUAUGAAAAUUUUUUUAUUAUCAGAAUACUGCAAUCAGAAUAAUUGCGCGCAGUUAUAAUUGUUAAAAAGGGUGUAAAUUUUGCGGAGGAUGAAAGAUGCAUGACAGAAAAAAUAAACGAUAAUAUCGAAGUGAAAAUGUUUCCAUGCAUAAAAUACGACGGUAGGAAUCCCUAACGGCACCUUUUAACACUCGAUGUUAUCGUGCAAUACAGCAAACGAAGUCUAUCUAACAUUUAUCGAUUUUUCCGUCUCACGUUUCUCGAAAACAUCAUUACGUCAUUAUUGUGGGACGAUGACGAAGGAGCAGAACGAGUCGUUCGCGCGUGUGAGACUUAGUGGUGUAUGAAGUAAACGUCAAUAGACUGUGUAUAUGCGGAGUAUGUACAAUUAUUCGAUCGAGUAACCCCAUUAGAGACGACGUUGAAGUCUGCGUACAUAAAUAACGCGCGUAAUCGCGCGGAGCCCUUAAGGAGUUUUACGCGACUUACUUAUAAUCCUCAGUUUUACGUCGAGAGUCUACCUAGGUAGGGAAGAUACUUUGCGUGCUCCGUGAACUGCACUUAAGCCUUCUCUUAAAGCGCAGUCAGGUCGUACUCUCAUCUUCAUCGCUAGUUAUUGUUAAAAGUGUAUACCGGACGGUUUAUCGGAGAUCGUUUCUCAUAAAAAUCGACCGCUCGAAGAACUGAAUUAGAUCGAUGACGACGGAUCCACGUCUUCCACGUUUCGCGAGAAAAUGCCUCUGUUAAAAUCGACAUUCCGCGCGACUUGACGAAUCUCUUCGAAGAUCCGUCUUAUUGAAACUUAUCAAGCCGAGUUGGGCAUCCACUUAAGCACGGGAUUCAAGGAGGACGAUAUCUGCACGAGGGGCUGCAAGAGCAAGGAUUCGUUUCGCUUACAAUGAAGAGGAUGCUUCUGCUGAUGAGCUUGCUGGCCCGGUUUGUCGUAGCGGAAGUUCUGCUCGGCGACGUCGACGAGCCACUGCCGAUAUUAAAUGUUAACGCGGUGGCCGGUUACAAAGUUCAGAUACCCUGCGACAUCGAGCCGCCGAUUAAAGACGAGACGGUCAUCAUGGUAUUUUGGUACAAAGAUGAAAGGGACGGCGGGCCGAUAUACACGAUGGAUGCUCGGGGGAAACAGAUAGCUCAACCAAAGCUUUGGUCAGAUCCGUAUGUAUUUGGUGAAAGGGCGGUUAUGAAGACGGACGUUAAGCCCGCGAAGCUGCAGAUAGAUCAAUUGGAGUCCACAGAUGGUGGUGUGUAUAGAUGCAGAGUGGAUUUCAAGAAUAGUCCGACAAAGAAUCAAAAGAUUAAUCUUACAGUCAUAGUGCCGCCGAAAAAACCGAUGAUAUUGACUGGCGCCAGCAGAAGUCUGGCUAAAAUACCGCAACCGUUUAACGAAGGAAGCGAGAUGUCCUUAUUGUGCGAAGUGAUGGGAGGCUCGCCUCCGCCAAAGGUCACGUGGCAUUUUGAAGGCAAGAUUUUAGACGACUCGUACACGCAAGAGCUUGAGGAUAUAACGAUAAAUCGGCUGGAUAUACAAAAGGUUACCAGGGAUUUCCUGAGGGCGAGGCUAAUUUGCAAGGCGAGCAAUAGUCAGCUUAUAUCGCCUAUGACUUCUGAAAUUAUUUUGGACGUAAACUUGAAACCGCGGAUAGUCAACAUUACAAAUAAGCGAUCGCAUUUAUCAGCAUUAAGAACCUAUGAGAUCGAAUGUAUCAGUUGGGGUUCUAGACCGGAGGCGGUGAUCACCUGGUGGAAAGGAGCCCAUCAAGUCAAACACAUGGCAAGAAAUUUCGCAGAUAAUCCGAACGUCACGAGAAGUGUGCUGAGUUACGUACCGACCAUCGAAGACGAUGGAAAGUUUCUGACGUGCAGGGCGGAAAACCCCGUGGUACCUAACAGUGCCUUGGAGGAUAAGUGGCUCCUGAUGGUGUAUUAUGUGCCGGUAGUGAGCAUUAAAUUAGGUCCCAGUUUGAAGGCGAACGACAUAAACGAGGGUGACGAUGUCUACUUUGAGUGCGAUGUACGAGCCAAUCCGAAGGCUUAUAAGCUACUUUGGUUCAAAGAUAACAAGGAGUUGCAUCAGAACGCCACUGCGGGAAUUAUUCUUCCCGGUGGACAAUCGCUAGUACUGCAGAAAGUGACGAAAGCUUCCGCUGGGGAAUAUUCUUGCAUGGCAGUCAACAUUGAAGGGAAAUCUACUAGCAGAUCGGUGACCCUCGAGGUGAUGUACGCACCGAUCUGCAAGGACGGCUCUUCCACUCAAGUGGUUGGCGCCCUGAAGCACGAAACGAUCUCGCUGGUCUGCGGCGUACAGUCAAAACCGCCGCCAACAACCUUCCACUGGACGUUCAACAACUCCGGGGAACUGAUGAGCGUACCGGCCACCAGAUUCGCCCAGGUCAAACCGCUCAGUCGGAUCACGGACAACUGGCAUGGCUCCAGAGUGAAUUACACACCGCAAAACGACAUGGACUACGGCACGGUCGCCUGCUGGGCGAAAAAUAAGAUAGGGGAGCAGAGGACGCCUUGUCUCUUUCAGAUCAUUGUCGCCGGAAAGCCUUACCCCUUGCAAAACUGCACAGCCCUACAAUCAACCGGACCUUACGCGCAUCGAAUGGGUCACGAAGACUUUAAAGCCACCGACUCGAGGGACGCGGACUGGCUGAUCGUCAGGUGCUCCGAGGGAUUCGAUGGUGGUUUGCCCUUGACUAAUUACGAGCUGGAGGUCUACAGUGAGGAGAGCGUUUAUCAUACCAAUACCAUCUACCUGAAUCACACCGACAAAUCCGGCUCAUCCGGUCCAGUUUUCGAAGUUCCCGGCUUAGAACCAGGACGGAAUUACAGGCUUCAUCUUUAUGCUGUCAAUGCCAAGGGUCGAAGCGAUCCCGUCGUCUUGGAACCGGUUACGCUCAAAGGAGUAGCAAUGUAUACUACUGGUCGCGGUAUCUCGGAGGAGAUAACCGAUUACAGCCUCCUGGUGGCGUGCUUUGCCGGUGGUGUAACCGCUAUUUGCAUACUGAUCGUUGGGAUAACGUUGACCCUGUAUCGUCGCAACCAUCCGUCGCAGGCGACGAAGGCCCAGACGGCGACGACGGACGGGGCACAAUGCGAAGGUAAGGAGAACCGAUCGACGGCGCCGCCGGCAACAAACGAGGCUCAGCGGGACGAGCUAAAGGAGCAAAUAAAUGCGGCCGGGGAAUCCUUGCCGGACGACGAUCCGGAUGUGAUACCGAGCAAGGCCGUCGAGAAACGGCCGGACAUCUUCGAGCCGAGCUAUACAUCCGGUAAGCUAAAACCCGAGCGAGCAAAGGAUACGUUCAGGUGUCUCGAGGAUCUCGAUUAUCCGUCGCCCGCGUCGGUAUUGCACGCCAAGGACUCGUGGAUCUAUCCGAACGGUUACGCGGAGAGGAACGAGAGCGGUCUGAGCCCGAUACGACCGAGCACGCUGCCGGUGCAUCGUGCACAUGACAUUUACACGAGGAGUUUGCGUGUACAAGAGAGUUGUAUAUAAGGACAGAGAGGAAGGCCUCAUUGUAUCCCAUGCCCGCAUUGGUCCGGGUCCUUCGAUGCUCGCCAAAUCGUCGUAAACGCGAUUAACGACGCUUUUGUAAAUAGACAAUAAAUAUCGUUAAGGACCUUUCUCUUCCACCCUCAUCGACAUUCCUAUUCUUGUUUUUCACCUAAGAAUAAGAUAUGUAGAUGUUAGUUUCGUUCUAAGGGAAACGUGAUAUAUACUUGGAACAUUGUCGAUCGAGCGCAAUCACGUGUACAAAGACAAUAAUUUCCGCCGUUAAAAGAUUUCUCAUCACAUUUCUGUCUCUUAUCGGAAGCCUUCCUCAUAAGAAGAAUAAAAGACGAAGAGAAAAAAGAAGAAAUUAUUCGCGCGAAUGUCUGGAAGAGCGUACAUGUUUCUACGGAUGUUUUGUCGUGCUUCAUGGUUAAUUAAAUGGUCAAAUGGAUAUGUGUGUGUAAACGUUUGU